AUGAAAUCUACACCUAGAAUGAGGCGGUAUGUAUCUGGGCUGAGGAAACUUAUAAGAAUCAACCAAGGCCCAAAGAUGCUCUUAAGGCCAUCAUCAAAGGUUUUUGGUAGUUCAGAUGGGUUUGAAGGGGAUACUGGAGAUGCAUUUGACGCACAUCAGUGGAAAUGUGUUCGAAUAAUGUCUGGUACUUUUCUUUUACCAUACACUCAUAUAUGGCUUGAAAUAGGGUGGAAAAUUGUCCAAAGAAAAAUCUGUUAA